AUGUCUUACAAAGUUUUUCUAGUACUUUGUCUUAUUAUUACACUUACAUUAUCAAAUGCUUCACUAGAAGAACUCGAGAUUCAGAUGCAUGCCAAAUUUAACAAUAUAGAAUCACUAUGGGAAGACCGUUUCCAAAAACUUGAGCAAAUUGUUGGCAGACAGGAAGCGGAAAUAAACAAACUUAAGGAUGAAUUGGAUAAAGUCAAAUUAUCAGAUGGCGAAAAGGAAAGACAACUUGCUGAUUUGAAAGCAUAUAUUUCAAAUCUAUUUUUGGGGUAUUCCCCCAGAAAAAGAGUUGGUAUUGUUCAGAGGGAUGUUGAAGAAGGUGAAGAAAGACAAAGAAAAGUUCGAGCUGCACAAGAAACAACUGCUUUUUACGCCUACAUGAGUCAUGUAGAAUGGCAUCCCAGCCCACAUCAUACAUUACUAUUUGAUGUCUCUAUUACCAAUGUAAAUGGAGGAUAUAGUGAAUAUACUGGUAUCUUCACAGCGCCGUAUAAUGGUACUUUCGUAAUAUCAGCCAAUUCAGGGGAUAAGAUUUUUGUUAGAACUCAUUCCACACUUGAUCACGCUGGAGACAUUGGGAGUGAUGACAAUGGUAGAACAUGGUUCGCUGGAUGGCUUAUUUAA